GUCCAUUUUGCCUGACCGCGUGCUCAACACGGCCACUACGAAACCCAUGCAUGCAUGCAAAAUUGCUCAAAAGCUCGACAAUGGAGAGCCAUUAUAUAUCCGAUGCAUCGGGAGGAAAGACCGCCAAUUCCCUAACUCCUCGCUUGUCCAAGUUGCGAAACAUUAAACCCGGUUGAAGUCUCUCCGGCCUAGCUCAUCGUCUUAGCCAACAACAGCCUCAUACCCAAGCCAAGCUCGCUCAGCGCAGAUCGGCAGACUCCCCACCACGACAUUACCAAAAAAAAAUGUGCGGAGAAGAGCACACGCCGUCUUCGGCGCCGCGGAUCGGCGCGCGGGUUGAUUUCUUCGCGCAGGGGCGGGGGCCAGUGGGGAACCUGCUCUUCCUGGACCCGUCGGUUCCCGGCAGCUCGCGGGCCACGCACAUAAGGUUCAGCCCGCGGGCGGGCGUGGCCUUGGACGACGGCGUGCUGGUGUCGAUACACCUGAUAGGCGACCUGACCAAGCCCGUCGAGGACUCGGGGCUGUUCCAACGGUUCGCGCUCCCCCAGGCGGCAAGCCUCCAGCGGGGCGACAGCCGCCCGCUGGAGAUGGCCUUGGACGAGUCGCUGUCGUUGGAUGUGGGACGGACGGGCAUUAUUGGCCGCCGUGUCUCGAUGACGAGAAAGGGCGUGCUGCUGGCCGACGGCAUCGUGGGCUUCAACACGGCGUCGGCUGUCUCUGCGUCGCUUUGAUCUUUACUGCAUUUGGGUGGCGUUUGGGGUGAUGUUUACGUGUUCUCUAAUUGGGCGUUUGGGGUGAUGUUUACGUGUUCUCUAAUUCGGUUGAAUUGGGCGUGAUUAAAACAUAACUUGGGGGUUGGGGUUGGGUUGGACUAGGGAGUCGUAUUUAUAUUUUAUUGACCGAGGGUUAUUCCGGGUGACGGCUUAUGGUUUUCAUUAAACAUUCACAUAAAUAGUUACCCAUAUAUACGAACUU